AUGGCGGGGACACGGCUAUGGAUAUCCGUAAUUAUCUUGGCAGAGUUGAUUAUCCUAGCGCUUCUGUCUCUCUACUAUGGCCUUUGUGUGCAGAAUGACGAUGUCCUGUGUCACGCAUUGGACGACCAAAAGAGCAAUCCUGGCGCUCUACGCCCAUUGCCUCGGCCGUCUUGGUGGUCUACAACCUUGCACAUUCACUUGGUGAUGGAAGAAUCUUCUGAACAAAGUCUCCAUCAAUGGUCACAACGAUUGGAGGAAUGGAUGGAUACUUGUAAAUUGGAAGACUUGCCCUAUUUUGGAUCCACCCAAAUACACAUGAAGGUUGUACCCAGAAGUAACAAACUGUGGGAAAUGGUAGAGGGCGAGUCGGUCAAACUGUUGAAAAAUUCAUCCAUAUGGAAUUACUUGCCGGAUCGUCAGUUCGAUGGCGUCUCUGCUGCUUAUGACAAAGACUUGGAUUGGAUGUUGUAUUUACCAGCAGAGCAGGAGAAACUGUCUGAUGAUGAAAUACCGUCGUGGCUAGCUUGGAAACAAGGAUCCGAGCAGCUAGUGACAGUUUUCACCUACCACUCUAACGAUGAGUUUGAAAUAAUGACAUCCUUGACAUCUUUGAUUGGAUCCUGGCUCGAAAAGUCUGCUUCUGAUUCGGAGUCAGUUCCAGAUGACGAAAUGGCUGAAAAUGAUUACCUCCGCAACUUGCAAUUUACUUGGCAAAAGGCCAUUAUGCAAGACUUUGACGAUUGGAAGAUGCAUUUGACUCCAGACGAGCGAAGUGAAGUCUUUCUAACCCUGGGAAAAACGUCUCAUUCAUUUUCGACUCGACUCCAAUCACUGCUACAAGCCAGAGCAAUUUUGGAGGGCGCCAUGGGGCGAAAUAAGGAUACAAUGACGCCAGAGUUUCCUUUGGAGCACUACGCAGCAGUCUUUCUCCCUCUUCUAUUUCCUCUAUUGCUGCCUCUCUUUACAUCAUUUGUCAAAGAGCUGAAACGUUUCAAGGAGAAGGUCAAAACGAAGCGCGAAAAGGGAAAAGAUUCAAUGCAAGUAAAGGUGGUAGAUGGUGAAGGUCCAAAGGAGGAUUGA